AUGGCACGCCCGGCAGGGCAGCCCGUCGCACGAGACCGGCCGUGCAGCGCGGGCGCGGCCGGUGCCCUCCACGAGGGCGAGACCUUCGACGCCUUGCGGCGGCCCUCCGGGCUGGCUGGGCACCACGGCGCACCCGCGGGGGCCCCCGCGGCGGCAACGCACCCGCGGGCCCAGCUGCCGUUGGCGCUGCUGGCGCCGCCGCCGGGCUUGGCACAGCCGCCGACGGCGGGCGCGAGCGGCUCUGUGGCCACGCCGGCCCCGAGCGACAGCGGCGGCGCCUGCGAGCGGUGCGGCCAGCAGGAGAUGCUGCACAGGUGCGGCCACUGGCGGUGCGUCACGCCGACGUGCAGGCCCGCGUGGUUCCAGGACAUGGAGGCCAAGAGCUGGCUCGUGCCGAGGUCACUGGAGCGCAUGCUCGACGCGCACCUCUUCGAGACCCUCGACCGCUGCGAGGACUGCCGGCCCGAGGGGCGGUGCCUGCGGGCCGACGCCGGCGCCCCCCGGUACUGCAACUUCGUGUUCAAGAGGGGCACCUGCAAGUUCGGCUCCAAGUGCCCCGACUGCCACCUGCACGGCCGCAGGGUGACCCACCAUGACUGCUCGGCAUACCCUCGCCCACAGGCGCAUUGCACCCGCGACCGCGCUCCUGACCCCGGGAGGGGUCCAGCACUCGUGGGCGGCGCCGUGGAGUGCGCACAGUUGCCGUGUACGCCCCCGCCAGAAGACCUCGAGGCCUAG